UGCAAUUGUACUUCUCCCAAGAGUUCAUGACCACUCUAUGCACUACUCUAAUUCUAUAAUAUAAGAUAGAUAGAAAAAUGAAAAUGAAAAUGUAAAUGUGUAACUGUAUUACAUGAAACUGGUACCCUUUAGACAAUGGUCCUCUCAGAAAAAUUGGUCAAGCCUUUUUCCUUCUAUAGACAUCUAAAAAGCUAAUGCCAUUUCCCUACAACUUCUCUUUCUAUAACCCUCUUCCCAAACAAUAUAACAACCACAUUAGAUGCAGACAGCUACUAACCAAAAAUAAACACACACAAUAGAAGAAACAAAAACCAAAGAAAACUCCAUGGACAUCACAAGAAACAGCAUCACCAAGCUCCAUCUUCAAACACAGUCUCUAUUUCCUCCUAAUAUGGAGAGAACUUUAGAUGUUGAGCCAAGAAUGGGCACAAACCCAUUUGCAGAAGAUUUCAUCAAAUCACUGCCAAUUUCAUCAAACCAAAGCAGUAACAGCAGCAGCAGUGAGAUGGUAAAUGAAAGAAGACAGAGUUUCUCAACACAAAAGAGCAUUGGAGAAGGAAGAAGCAGUGGACAGAGAAGAGUGAUGCUAAUGGAGUCUCCUUGCACUCCAGGCAGAGGAGUCUUCAGCUUCAGUAGCAGCCUCUCUGGUAGAAGAAGAAGAAACUUCCCUUCUAAAUGGGAUGAUGCCGAGAAAUGGGUCACCUCCAGUCAUGAAUCUCCGGCACAUUCCCUCAAGAACCAUCACAUCCGUAGAGAUAAGUUAGCCAGCGAAGUGCCAUCAACAGAAGGGUUUAUAUUCAGAGAUCUCGAGGAAGAAGAAGAAGAAGCUCAAGUCCAACACAGAGACAUGGGAACAGAGAUGACACCGGUCGGAAGCGUAACGACUUCAAGAUGUCACACCCCCUUCGAAAGCACGUCUCCAGCGAGACACAACACGCCUUCGAACAUGUCAGGUCCGUUAACAGAAACCAAAAACGUUAUAGACAUCUCCGAGUUCGCCAACAAGCUACGACUCAGCGGGUCAGCAGCGACUCAGUAUUAUAACUCAGUGACGAGUCACUGGAACUCGAGGGAAGAGGAGGAAGAAGAGAUAUCCAAGAGCUUAAGACAUUCCGACAUGGAAAGUGAGUUACAGAGAAGUGUUUCAGUAACUGUAUGGGAUGAUGAAGACGACAAGAUCAAGUUUUGUCAAAGAUAUCAAAGAGAAGAAGCCAAGAUCAAAGCAUGGGUAAAUCUCCAAGAUGCUAAAGCGGAAGCUCAGUCCAGGAAACUCGAGGUGAAAAUACAAAAGAUGAGAUCAAAUUUUGAGGAGAAAAUGAUGAAGAGAAUGGAUACAGUGCACCGGAGAGCGGAGGAGUGGAGAGCUACUGCGAGGCAGCAACAUGCUGAGCAGUUGAAGAGAGCAGCUGAGACGGCGAGGAAGUUGAGUAACCGCCGUGGCUAUUUGGUUGCCGGCCGUAGCUCAUGUGGUUGUCUUCCCUGUAAUAAUAGUGGUUCUUGUCACUAACUUGGUAAAAUAAAAGUAAGAUAUAAAUGGAUAACAAGGAUAAGAAAAUUACUGCUUUAUGUGUUUGGAUUAAUCAAUUUUUAUGUUAUUUUACUGCUUUAUUAAUGAAAUACAAAGAAGGAAAUAUAUUAGUCUUUUCUGAUAACUACAUACUGAACAGUCUUAAAAAUUUGUGAACUUAAGACUGGAUAAUAUAAAUUAAGAUUCUAAAGAUUUUGAAAAGGAUAACACUAACUAGUGGAAGCUUUGAUUAUUUUUUUCAGUAUAGUAGAGUUUUGUUCUUGUUGUUUUCUUGCUUAACUAAACUCGAAUUGUUGUUGUCAUGCAAAAGUUUCAAAUCCAGAGAAGUAAGAGAUUGAUUAAAGACAAAACUUUUGCGUCUGAAAGGAGUAGAAACAGUCCUCACAACAAGUCACAGCUUUUCGUUCUCCCCAUAAUUUUACAAGACAACACUCCUUCAUUUCUUUUGUUCUUUUCUGUUUGGCUUUAUACGUAAUAACAUUUACUUCAUAUAUGCUAAAAUUAAUACUAUGUUUUUAGUUUUUCAUACAUAUAAGAAAACCUAGAUACUAUUCAAUAAUCAUAAAUAAUAUUAUUUUAUAUAAUUAAUUUUUCAGUAACCUUGAACCAACAAUAAUUCAAUAAUUUUUUUAAAAGUUCGUAAUUUAUGUAAAAGGCUUAGUUUGUGAUUUGUUAUCACUAAAAUGAUCAAUAAAUAAAUUAAAAAACUACUUUUGAGAAAUAUUUGUAAAAAUAUAUUAUAAGUUAAAUUUAAACCAACAAUGUGGUGCUUGCUUGAGGCUGUACAUCAAGACGACACACUUUAUUAUUCUUAUAGACAAAAAAUUAUUUAGACAGUCUAUUCUGUCUUUUCUCUUGUUGUAACAUUUGAAUUCUGUCAUAUGAGAUGAAAAGGACAUGUAAAAUUCCAGUCCCAUGUUUGUGAAAUAUCAAUUCACAAUUUUACAGGUACAAGUCCCGAUCCAAGUUAAGAACAAACCAAAAGCUAAGGCCUGCUUAUGGCCCAUUAU